CUUGUAUAAAGCAUUUGCAUUGCUCCCUGUUUUCGUCCUUCUUUUCUCUUCUUCCACCAAGACUUCACGUAGAUACAGUCUCUACGUCCUCGUUUCAUCCUUGCCCAAGAACCCAUCAGCCGUCAGUGUCUUCUUGUCAAAAUGGGGAAAGGAUACUUUGAGCUGGCAGGGCGCCAGUUUCCUGAGGUGACGUGGUAUAAGGAUCCUGCGCUGAGAAAGACCUACAUCUGUCUUAUGUUUGUGGUUCUUACCAGUGCCACCAACGGUUACGACGGCUCCAUGAUGAACGGUCUCCAGACUCUCCCUCCCUGGCAACAGCAUUUCGACCACCCCAAAGGCGGCAAGAUUGGUAUCCUGAACGCCAUCAUGUCAAUUGGUUCCUUGUCCGCCAUUCCGUUUGUGCCAUACGUGGCCGAUUUUCUGGGUCGUCGAAUGGGUAUCCUCGUGGGCUGCAUCAUCAUGCUGGUCGGUGUGGUCCUGCAGUCCAUCUCAGCAGGCUUUGGCAUGUUCUUGGGAGCUCGAUUCCUCCUCGGGUUUGGAAUCGCCAUCGCUCACGGUUCUUCUCCUCUAUUGAUCACCGAACUCGUGCACCCUCAGCAUCGAGCCAUCUUCACAACCAUCUACAACACCACGUGGUACGCCGGUAGCAUUGUCGCUGCUUGGCUCACCUACGGAACCGACCAUAUCAACAACAACUGGGCGUGGCGUAUCCCCACCAUUGUCCAGGCCGCCCCGUCCUUGAUCCAGGUCACCUUCAUCUGGUUCGUGCCCGAGUCUCCUAGAUGGCUCAUCGCGCACGGCAAAGAGGAGAAGGGUCUGAACAUCCUCUACAACGUCCAUGCAAAUGGCAACCGCAACGAUGAGAUGGUCCAAUUGGAGUUUGUCGAAAUCCGCGAUACCAUCAGACUCGAGAAGGAGGUUGAGGGUAACCAGUGGCUCGAGCUGAUCAAGACCCGAGGCAACCGCCGCAGACUCAUCAUUUUGUUGUCUGCUGGUCUCUUCUCCCAGUGGUCUGGCAACGGUCUCGUCUCAUACUAUAUUACCAAGAUUCUCAACAACAUCGGCUACACUGAUACCCUGACCCAGAACUUGAUCAAUGGCGUUCUUCAAAUCUUCAACCUCUUUAUCGCCGUCACUGCCUGCUUCUUCGUCGACAAGGUCGGCCGCCGCAAGCUCUUCCUCAUCUCCACCACUGGCAUGUUGAUCACCUUCAUCGUCUGGACCAUCUGCUCAGCCCGAUAUGCCAUCUCUGGCUCCAAGGGUGCCGCCAACGCCGUUGUCGGCAUGAUCUACAUCUACUACUUCUGGUACAACAUCGCCUGGUCCGGCAUGUUGGUCGGCUACACGGCUGAAAUCUUGCCGUACAACAUCCGAGCAAAGGGCUUGACGGUCAUGUUCCUCAUGGUCGACGCCGCGCUCUUCUUCAACCAAUACAUCAACCCCAUCGCCCUGGACCACAUCGGCUGGAAGUACUACAUCUUCUACUGCGUGUGGCUCGGCUUUGAGCUUGCGAUUGUCUACUUCUUCUACGUCGAAACCCGCAACACGCCUCUGGAAGAAAUUGCCAAGCACUUCGAUGGCGACCAAGCACUGGUUGCCGGCGCCGCUGCCUCAAACAAGGGCCUCACCUUGGCGGCUGAGAUGGGUCUCGAUGCCACCGUCAGCCAACACCACGAGUUGGAUGAGAAGAGACACUCUGUGCAGGUCGAGAACGCUGCUCCCACAAAGAGCGAGUUGUAGAGGAGGAAUUUGAGCGUUUGUGGUUUUGUGUACCGGUGAGAUGAUGCUCGAGUCGAGUGCCAGUCUCUUGUUUUUAGGAACCAGUCCUCCUUGUUCGUGGUACUUGCAGCGGGUUGUACUGUGGAAUGUCCUACCAUCGCGCCACUAUAGAUGCUCCUCAGAAGACAACAGCAUUGAUCAUCAGACAUACUAAUACAAUGACAUCAACUCAACAAGCACUUCGCGCGCUUUUUUCCGC